AGUCCCCCCCUAUAUCAUCCUGUCCAGAUGUGAGCUCCCAGUUACAGGCAACUCACUUUCAGAGACCACUGUCACUUCUUGGAUCUGUACAUCCAACACAACAGCAGACAUGAAUGCAAAAUACGCCUUGGCACUGAUCCUCGCUCUGCAGGUCUCCAUGAGCCUGUGUGAGAUUCCAACACCAUCGGCGGAUCUUGUUGAAAAGUAUGAUGCCAUGAAAUCUGUGUUCUACAAGAGGCUGCUGAAUGCUUUCGGCAAGCUGCAGGCCGCCGCUGCUCCUAUGGUUGAGCAGGUCGGGGACAGCGAGCGUGGACAGGUUGCCAAAGACUACGUCGAGGGGCUGCAGACCAAGCCUGAGUUCCAAGCCUUCGUCAAGGUUGCCACUGGCUUGGGCCAGGAGGCAGGCCCCUUGGUGGACAAGGCCCGUACAGCAGUGCUGGGUCUGUACGGACACUACGUACGCCCCUACGUCGGCCAAAUCAUGAGCGACAGCAUCGACAACAUCAAGGUCCACCUGGACAAAUUCAUGCCCGCUGAGUAAAGAAGACCAACUGGAGCCAGCCACCUGUCUAUACCCUGUAAUUGAUAAUAGAUCGUAGAAACUACACCAGUUUAGGCUGAGAAAAGUGAUGCACAAUGCAAAUACAAUACUUUGCCUUUUUUUGAAUCAUAAUCUUUGCCAAAUCAUGCAGAGUUAAAAGCAAGGCACACCAUCUAUGCAAAAUUGUGCAUGUACAGUAUUAUGUGUUUGAUACACUAACCAAAGUCUCUGUGUGAUUGUGUAUGUGAAUGUGUGAGUGUGUUCAUUAAAAUGAACGGAAACUA